AUGGAGGGUGUCAGCAAAGCGCGCGCUUCGGGCAAACACAACCGUCCCACUGUGGCAGAUCUGUCUACCGACGUACGAGACGAGUGCAACGCGCGGGUGGGCACGUUCAACUCCGUGCAUGCGCCCCAGUACAAGAAAGUGAUCAACAAGGCUCUGAAACUGGCUCUGCAGUACAUGUCGAUCCCACUUCGGCCGGGACACACCAACCACCGACUGGGCUUCCAAAAGCUCUUCAAGAGUGCCUCGGACGAGCGCUUCGAACAGGCCGUGUCGAUGAUCAAGUACGUGGUCAAGCGCGGAGGCACCAUGCACCAAGCCCUCAAUGUUAAGCUGCCGACGACUGGCCUGUACAACCCGCUGCCGCUGCCCUCCCUCGGCCUGGCCCUGACCGACGCCAAGGACAUGUACGAGGAGCAGGCGCGCCUGCACCGCGGCGCCCUCUGCCUGACGGCCACCGCCGGCGGCAUCGCUGAAGCCGGCUGCGCGCUCGACGCCGAUCUGGCUCACCAGGCUCAGGACGCCCUCGAGUCCGAGGUGGAGAGGGUCAGUGGCCUGGCGAGCAAGGCCAACCUUCUGGCGUCCAUGUUCACCAGCGGCGAGCACAGCCUGGCCGAGCACCUGUUCGACCAGCAACUGCUGAAAUAGUGCCACAGGUGGCAGCACCGUGAGCGCUACGGACACCCGGUGCCAGCGCAGUCGGUAGUAAUCACGACAGAAGGUGGCGCUGUGAGACAGAAGGUGGCGCGCCGAUGCCGGGCGCUUUUGUAAUUGUGGCACGCACGUCUUUGCGCUAUGUACAGAGUGAAGGAGAGUCAAUACAUCUAGUGCACUUACCGGACACGA